CAGAUUUAACCAGCCAUAAUCUGGCCUGUUCUUUUCAAAGGGCUCAAAGCUUUCAGAUGUGCAGAAAAGUUGGACUCAAAGAACCUACGUUUUCAUUAGGGUUCUUUUGAGUUCCAACACCUUUCUCUGGAAAUUCAUUAUCCUGGUUCUAGCUCAUCAAGUUAGAAGAGGUUUUCUUCAGGAUUCAUCUUUGUUUCUCUCACAUACCCUUUUCAAGUUAGAGCAAAAGAGAAUGACAAGCGUCAGAAAGUCGGAUUCUCCAAGGGGAGAGGUUGGAGAGAUUGACACAAGGGCACCAUUCCAAUCUGUCAAAGCUGCUGUUACCUUAUUUGGUGAAGUAGCUGUCUCUAGGGACAGAUAUGCUGUCAAGAGAAGGUCAUCUGAGAGUGUAUUUGAAAAGGAAACACAGCUUAUCUUGACCCAAAGAGAAUUGAACAAGAUAAAGAAACAGGUGGACAGUGCUGAAGCCACCAAAGCUAAAGCCCUUUCUGAACUUGAGAAUGCCACAGAGAUCCUUCAGAACUUGAUAACCAAGCUCGCCAAUGUGAGAGAAUCUAAGCAAUCGGCAAUGGAAGCAGUUGAAAUUGUGAGGAAUCAGAGCAAAGAAUUUGAGAAGACAUUAUCCUUUAAAGCUAUAGGAUAUGAAGCUUGGAAACAAGAACUAGAACAUGCAAGAAAAGAGUACACAGCUACUGUAACUGAACUAGAUUCUUGCAAGCAAGAACUCAACAAAAUCAGGCAGGAUUUUGAUGCAGCUUUGGAGGCAAAGAUGGCAGCAUUCCAGACAGCAGCAGAAGCUCAGCGCUCGGCGAAAUUAAACUCUGAAAGGAUCAGUGAACUCUCAAAGGAAAUUGCAGACAUGAAAGCAUCAAUUGAACAAUUGAAUGAAGCUCAAGUUGAUUUUUACAGAACUGCUAAGGGAGAAGCACAGGAAAAGUUGGAGUCCUUAAAGAAUGAAUAUGACCCCGAACUAGUCCAAAGUCUAGAUGCCAAACUUGCUGAAACAAGUGCAGAGAUUGAGGUUCUUCAAGAGCAGAUGAGAAAGGUUCAUGCUUCUCAUAUGGAAUCUGUGAGACUUCUAACUUCAGAGCUUAAAGAAGCCACAAAGACCCUACAGGACGUUGCUGCAGAAGAAACCUCCCUUAAAAAACUAGUGUUUUGUCUUAGGACAGAAUUAAGACAAGUGAAGAAGGAGCAAGAUGAACUGAAGGAGAAGGAACAGGCUGCAGAGGCUCUUUCUGCUAACCUCACUGGUGAACUGCAAGAGAGCAUGGAAGUUGCAAGGCCUCAGCCAGGCACCGUGGAGGAUCUAGAAGCUAAUAUCUUUUACAAGCAGAGUAUGAAACUCCAGAGGCUAAAAUCCGAGACAGAAGAUGCCAGAAGAGAAGCAGAAGAGACGAGCAGAAAAGCUCAAGGGCUGAAGCAAGAAGCAGAAAAAUCCCGAGCAGCGGCAGAAGAAGCAGAGAAAAAACUUGAGCUUCUUCUGAAAGAGGCUAAAGCAGCAAAAGCAGCAAAGCAAAGAGCCAUGAAGGAGAUGAAGAUUUUGUCUGACGUGCAUAGUAGAGCCUCCAAUCCAAAAUUCGGUGGUAAGAUCAAAAUGUCAAGAGAAGAGUUUGAGUCACUUAGAGGAAAAGUCAAGGAAUGUGAAGAUUUGGUUGAAAAGAAAGAGGGAGCUGUCAUGGCUGAGCUACAAGCAAUCUACGCAAGAAAAAAUGAACUACACAGAAAGGUGGAAGCUAAUCUGAAAGCAAUUGAGGAAACAAAUGCUGCAACUGAGACUGCUUUGUGGUAUACAGAAAUGGCAGAUUCUGCAAAAGUGGCAAUUGAGAAUGAACUUAAAAGAUGGCGUCAACAAGAACAGGUGGUGGUGGCUAAUGCAUCUUCCCAGAUAUCGGUUCAUCCUUCAAGACUAAUCUCAUUGAGAACCAAGAAGUGAAAUCAGUCAUCUUAGAGAUUCAGAUGUCAAAUGGGAAAGGACACAUCUUCUUGGUUGUUGUGUUGGCUUUCUAUCCUUCUCUUGGAAGACUCCAGACACUGGACGAUCACUUAUAUAUCAACUAACUCUUCCAUAUGCUUGGAAACCAUGUUUAUGUUUCCAUCUUUCAAAAAUAAAAUCAACAAAGAAAAACGAGCUUUUGCAAAUACAAAUUCUGAUUCCUAUCUUGCUGGUUUUUUUUUCUUCAUGUUCUUAGGACCUUUACUACAGAUGUUUGUGGCUCUUGAAUAUUCCUGAGAAAGAGUAAG